AUGGACACGAAGCUCCUGAAAUUCCAGAUCCUUCAUGGGUCAAUCCUCUGGCGCGUGUUCUUCCGUUCAAUCAUGCUAGCAGCUACCAUUUCAACGGUUGCUCUCUUUCGCGUUUUAUCUGACUUUGAUUUGGGAAACUUGGUUCCCAUUGCAAACAAUUUCAACUGUUUUGCAGAUUCAGAUAACCCCAGUUCGAAUUUCUUUCAGAAUCGAUUCUGGGUCAACAUGGAUCGUGAAAAAGACGUUAACUUGACUAUGAACGUUGUCACUGAGUUAAUGGGUAAGCAGUUUCUGAACUGUGAAGUGAAUACCCUUUGUGUUGGUGAAGGUUCUUCAAUGGCCGUUAAGGAAAUGAAACAAUUGGGUUUUUCAACUGUUAGUGGUGUUUACACCAACCGUUUUUUCACACUCAAUAUGAAGAGGAUUGUCUAUGAGUUGGAUUAUCAAGACUCUUCGUUUGAUUUCAUUUUGUCUAGAGAUCUUGACAAGGUUUCUGUACCUGCUUUGCUUGUACUUGAGGUUGAACGUGUUCUUAAGCCUAAUGGAAUAGGUGCACUUCUUGUUGGUGCUACGAGUUUGCAUCACAAUGAUUUGAUUAGAUCGGCGACACCGGCUUCGUCGUUGUUGAGAUCUUCUAGUGUUGUUCAUGUUGAUGCUAUUGAUGAUGGACUUAACCUUGUUAUUUUCAAGAAAAGAUAUGAAAAUGUGACAACUUUUUUUCAAUCACCGUCAACUUAA